AUGAAAGAUAAACCUUCACCAUCCUACAAAUAUUUCGCGCAUAAAUGGGUUCGCUCUCAAACUACACGCGGAUAUAUCUCACCUUAUGCGAAACCCGCUUACCCCGCUUUACGAAGGUAUAAAUCUAUGGUCGAACCAUCUCUUCUCGCCGUUUCAAGUACUUCUCCGCCUUUACCAAACAAUCCUCGUACGCGAUCAUAUCUCUCAUCACUCAUCCCUAAUCCCCAUCAGUACAACUCACCUUACAACCAACCUACCAUGUCUCCUCCAUCUCGAACUCAGCGAGCAAAACGCACCCGCAAGAACGGCCCCGGCAAAUUCAACAAAUCCGCCGUUCUUCCCCCACCCAUUUCACCACCAUCUCCCCCUCCCCCUCUCCACCCCAACAACCCCAAGACCCCGCUACUCACUAACCUAUAUUCUCAACGCCCCCACCCCAGCUGUCCACCACCACCAUCACAACGACUCCCCCAUCCGCUCCCUCCAAAGUCUUCCCGAAAAAGUCCGCCAUCUAAUCUGGAACUACGCGCUCGCUCGCCCAGCCCCAUCACCUUCCGCAUUGAUCAGGAAUCACGCUCUGCAACAAUAAAUCACUAUUCUGUGCACCCACACUUUUAUAUCCUUGGUACACAGAACAAGAACAAGGAUGAGAGGAUUCACUAUCCGUUUUUUGAUCCCAGUGUGGAUAGCGUGGUAUUGAAUGAUAUUUCUUUGGGGUCCAAUCCCGCUCUGAAUAGUAGUAGUGGUGUUCUCGGAUUCUACAACUCGAAUACGAGAGAGCUUAUAUAUGGAAAGAGAGAAGUGCUAGAUUAUGGACACUUUGGUGUUCUGCAAGCUUUGCAUGUUCCUGCACGAACAUGGGACUGGAACCGCAUUCAGCGAGCGCCAAGGACGGAGAUCAGGUUCCGAAAUUUGACGGAGAUUGUUCUGGAGGGGGGAGCGAUGGGUUUGAGGACAAAGAAAGAUGUGAAGAAGUGUAAAGAGUUCAUCAGGGGUUGCUUUGAGAGAAGCGUUGAGGAAAUUGGCGAUAUGGGUAGGAUGGAACUUGCGAGCCAUGAGAUGGUGAGAAAUGCAAGGACUGCGAAUAUGGAGAUCAAGGUUCCGGAGGUGAGGGUCAUUAUGCCUAAUGGCCUUGACCAUGAAUGGAUGUUUGAAGAAGAUAAGUUGGGGAUGGAAUCGAUCGAGGAGCGGAUGUGGGUGAUGAAUUUUAUCAGCAAGGUUAAAGCGGGUCGUUGA